AUAGAUAAUCGAGAGGACCUUAGCUGUAGGAAAACAUAAUGAGGCGAGACGGAUUAAUUUUUGUGCUGAUUUUUAGUGUGAUUUCGAUAUCAUGUGCCAAAAACACGUAUGUUGUGAUGUUUCCGAGGACAAUACGUCCAGGCCUAGUGACAGAGGUCUAUGUCAACAUACUAGAAGCUACCGGCCCAGUGACAGUGACAGCAAACUUACAAGAUAGCAAAAACAUUACAGUUGCGUCGGGUACUAAAGACAUAUCUGUCGGUACACCCAGUACUGUACAGUUAAAGAUUCCCAUAGACCUAAAAGCUGGGUUAGAUUAUGGAUUAAAGAUAGAAGGAACAGGGGGACAGAGAUUUGCUAACUGGUCAAAAGUCAGCUUCCAAGCCAAAAGUACAUCUAUCCUGAUCCAGACAGACAAAGCCAUAUACAAACCAGGCCAGACAAUACAAUUCCGUAUCUUGGGGGUGUAUCCAGAUCUUUCUAUCGUCAAACAGACGUUCGACAUAGACAUUUAUGACCCUAAAGGGAACAAGAUAGCCCAAUGGAGAGACGCAGCAGAAGAGAAUGGUGUCUUUGCAGACAAACUCGUCAUGUCAGACCAUCCAGUUCUAGGGGACUGGAAAAUGAAAGUUACACAAGGCGUGGCAGCCGAAGAAAAGGUGUUUACAGUUGAUGAAUAUGUUCUUCCAAAAUUUGAAGUAACAGUAGAUUUACCACCGUAUGGAUUGACGACAGACUUGAUGUUUCACGGUACUGUAAAAGCAAAAUAUACUUAUGGCAAAUCCGUGAGUGGAAAUGCUAAUAUUAGACUUAAAAAGAAGUACAACCAUAGGUCAUGGGGAUGGAGACAAGACCACCCAGAGGAAUAUGUAGAUAGUAUUGAACAAUCAUUUCCGAUUGAUGGCGAAUCCAAAUUCACUUUCUCCUUGGGGCAGUUAAAAAGAUUACAGCAAAACCUUGCUUACACUGAUUUUGUGAUAGAAGCCAAUGUGACAGAAGGUGUAACAGGAUUAAAGAUGAAAGAUUCAGCUGAAAUUAAAUUUUAUGACAACCCUGCCAAGAUUGAUUUUGUAGAGUCUUUACCAGCUAACUAUAAACCAGGGCUAAUAUACACAGCACUUCUGAAAGUAACACAACCAGAUGAUAAACCAGUUGUUAAUCCAAGUAGCAGAGUCAAGGUCGAAAUGUUCUACAAUGUAGAGGUUAUAACUACUACCACAACAACAACAACGACAACGACAGCAGCACCCCUACCAGAGGAAGGAAACCUGACCGCGGUUGUUGAAGCUCUGAUUGAACCGGAAAUUUAUGAUCCAUGGCGUGGACCUCUUGUCCCUCCAACAGAAAGAGUUCCAAUACCAGUCAUGUAUUUAGACAUUAAUCCAGACGGUCUUGUGAAGUUUGAUAUCGAUGUACCAAAUGAUGCUGUUUCCUUUGAUAUUGAGGCAAGAUACAUGAAAGAGUCGGCAUACAAGUAUUUACAGCCAUUCAAAUCGCCCAGCAAAAGUUUUAUCCAAGUUCGUCUUCUGAAUGAAAAACCCAUGGCUGGACAGACAAUUUCAAUUGAUGUUAAGGCUACAGAAGCACCAGAAAAAGUCUUUUAUCAGAUGAUCUCCAAAGGAAACAUAGUUAAGACAGGGGAAAUACCAAUGGGAGGUCUCAAACAAACAGAGUUUAAAAUACUUAUUACUCCUGAGAUGGCUCCUAAAGCUCGUCUGAUUAUCAACUACGUCAGACCUGAUGGUGAAAUCGUUACUGAUGGGGUGACAUUUAGUGUUGACGGUAUAUUCAAAAAUAAGGUAUCACUGAAAUUCAUGAAAGAUGAAGUUUUACCCGGUUCCAAUAUGUUAGUAGACCUACAAGCUGAUCCCAAGUCUCAAAUUAAUGUACUUGCUGUGGAUAAAAGUGUUCUUCUCUUGAAAACAGGAAAUGACAUCAGCGAAGAUCAGAUAACAAAGGAACUGCAGUCAUAUGAUAACGCAGGAGGAGGAUAUUAUCCAUAUUACGCUAGAAUGUGGUAUUGGCCAAGCACAGGCAGAGAUGCUUCAGACGUGUUUGACAAUAAUGGAAUGACUGUCCUAACUGAUGCUUUGUUGUAUAAUUAUCAAGAACCUUUUCAUUACUACGAUGUCUAUGAAGUGAGUGCCUAUAUGAAUGGCGAUGUGAAUGACGAUGAGGGUCUACGCAUGUCACAGGAUCAACAUUCAAAUCAUCUCGAAAAUGAAAAUAUUCGUCCUAACGUCUUAAAACCAACGAGUCAAAUAAGGAAACACUUUCCUGAAAGUUGGAUGUGGCUAAAUGAAACGAUUCCUGACACAGGGAAAACAACAAUAAACGUUAAAGUUCCAGAUACUAUUACUUCAUGGGUAGCAACAGCUUUUGCAGUCAAUCCCGAGUCUGGACUUGGACUAACAGCUCAACCAUCAAACUUGAAUGUUUUCAUGCCGUUCUUUAUGCAAUUGGUACUACCAUAUUCAGUUGUACGAGGAGAACUUGUAGUUUUACAGAUCAACAUACACAAUUAUUUAGCAACCAGUGAAUGGGUUUUAGUGAUAUUGGAGAAAAAAAUGGAUAUGGAAAAUGAGAUUACAUACAGCUCUGGAGCAAGGAAACGAAUGCAUGCUAAAGUUGGCAGGUGGAUUAAGUUGAUGAAAGGAGGAAUUGGCUCUGUUUUCUUUCCAAUUGUUCCUAUUGCAGUUGGUCAGUUGAAGAUAUCCGUUACUGCGCAGACUGCAUCGGCGUCUGAUGCCGUAGACAAGGAUCUUCUUGUAGAGCCUUCUGGAACAGCCCAGGAAUAUAAUAUUCCUGUACUGAUAGACUUAAAGACAGUGGGUACAUUUAAUAAAACAGUAAAUAUUACCUUCCCAGCCAAUACCACUGCAGGUUCACGACGUGUGACAGCAUCUGUAAUAGGUGAUUUAAUGGGACCUUCAAUUAAUGGUUUGGAGAAAUUAAUCAAAAUGCCUUAUGGUUGUGGAGAGCAAAACAUGUUAAAUUUUGCACCAAAUAUAUUUGUACGAAGAUAUUUGAAUGUGACAAACAAUCUAUCGUCUAAAAUGGAUUCGGAUUCAAAGGAGUAUAUGAUAAAAGGAUAUCAGAGAGAACUUACUUACCAACAUGACGAUGGAUCUUUUAGUGCUUUUGGAAACAGCGAUAAAUCUGGCACUACAUGGCUUACUGCAUUUGUCGUGAAAUCUUUUGCUCAAGCGUCUGACGAUAUAUUCAUUGACGACAAAUUAUUCCAUAAAGCACUUGAUUGGCUUGUAUUACAACAAACAGAAAUUGGAACAUUCAAAGAACCCGGUAAAGUUUUACAUAAAGCUAUGCAGGGCGGGUCAGCAGCAGGUGAGAGAUCUUUAACUGCAUUUGUAUUGAUUGCGAUGAAAGAAGCCGAUGUUAUUAAAGGGGCCAGUGACCGAACUGCAAGAUCUAUUAAACGGGCAACAACGUACCUUGAGGGAGAGGUUGACAGAUUGAUUGACACUUACGAAAUGGCAAUAGUAUCGUAUGCUUUAAAACUUGUAAACAGUCCAAAAUCAAUCAUCAUAUUAGAAAGACUGAAGAUGUUGGCUGUAGAUGAAGAUGGCACAAGGUACUGGAAACAUAAUGCUAAAGAGUCAAACGAAAAAAAAUAUUCAAAUUGGAGCCCUCCUCACAGUCAGUCAAAUGCUAUAGAUAUUGAACUGACUUCAUAUAUUCUUAUGAACUAUGCAAUGAACAUGGAUGUUGAAAAUGGUUUACCCGUACUACGAUGGUUGACAUCACAACGAAAUCCCAAUGGUGGAUUUUGCUCAACACAAGACACAAUUAUUGCAUUACAAGCUUUAGCCGAGUUUGCUGGGGAGAUAUACUCUAAUGACUUUAACAUGGAAAUAACAAUUAAAAGCCUUAAAGGUGAAAAGUUUGAAGAUAAACAUAUCAUUACUCGCGAUAAUGCCCUAGUGCUGAAAGUAUUUGAGGUUCCAAUUGGAGUAGAGGAACUCACAGUAUUUGCAAAGGGCAAAGGAGUCUCUUUAGCGGAGGUUGCUGUUUAUUUCUACACUGCUGAUGACAUUAAAACGUCAGCAUUUGAUAUCAAUACCACAAUAUCAGAAGAAACAACAAAAGGAUUAAGGCUUCAAGUUUGUGGAAGAUGGCGUCAGGAAGGUGAAACUGGAAUGUCUAUAAUGGAGAUUGGCAUACCAUCAGGAAUGACACCAGAUUAUGAAUCUCUUGAUUUUACUUUAGCUCCAGAGUAUAAACGAAAAGAAGAAUUAUUUAGAAAGCUAGUAUUGUAUUUUGACAAGUUUGAUGCUCUGGAACAAUGUGUAUCACUGAAUAUUGUGCGAACUGAUCGAGUGGCAGAGCUGCAACCAUCACCAGUCAGAAUAUAUGACUAUUAUGAGCCAAGUAAACAAAAGACCUCAUUUUAUUCAUCAAAAUUAUUGGAAAAAUCAACUUUGUGUGAUGUGUGUGGCACAGAGUGCUUCUGCAAAGAGAACUAAGGAGAUAUAAAUCUGCGUUGGACAUUGAUGUUGAAUGUUAUGUUACAUUUUGCAGCACAUUGAUGAUUUACAUACGUGUGUUGUUUUAUUCCUAUGUUAGUGUAAAAAAUAUUCAAAUUCUAAAUGACAUUACAUCUUAUACAUUAUAACUACACAGUUUAACAAAUGGGUUCAGAAAACAAACACGCUGUCUCCUGUCAUGCUAAUUUAAUUACACAGGAGUGAAAAUAACAAUAUUCCUCGAUAUAUUAUAAAGCUAUGGGGAUACCAACUGAAUUCCGUGACCAUUCUUAAAAAAAACAAUAUAUGCAAACUAAAUUGCUUGUUAAUAUUUAAAAAAUCUAUCUUAUUUUAGUUUCCCAUUAUUUUACACAACAAAGAAUCUGAUUUGUAUGCUCGACUGACACGUAAUAUGUUUCCAUACAACAAAUGUUCAAAUUGUGUUGGUAUUCCGAGUUGUAUCCAAAAUUACAAUGUCAUCGAAGAUUUAAAAUUAGUGAGGAAACUGGGAACUGUGUGUACGUAUGGGUGCUGAUUGUUAUAUUUUGUUGUAUGUGAUGUGUAUAAAAACAAAUGAUAUAAUACGAUACUUACAUAAUGUUAUUGCAUUUUAUAAAUAUUGAAUUCUACGUGCCUUUUGUAAUAAAUCUUAAGUAUGAUACAA